AUGAGGCGGAGCGGUGACGAUCCCGCUGGCCGGUGGAGCAAGAAUGACGCCACUUUGCUGCAUUCACACCUGACGAGGAUGACGUGCACGAGGCGAGUGUGUUGGUGUGCCUGUGCAGGCUGGUGCAUCGGUCGGUCUGUCCGUCUGUCCGUGCACCAACGACCGGCUGAACUCCGGACCGGCCCAAUCGCCGGCGCGUUGCACACUCUUUCUCCAUCUCUCUCUCUCUCUCUCACGGGUUGGGGUGAUUUCGCAAGCGGCCUCAUUCCAGUCUGGCCAUUUUGCCUCCGGCACUCGGUCGCCAGUCGCCUCUCGCUUCGUCUCGUCUCGUCUCGUCUCGUCUCGCCAACAUGCACCGCCUCGUCCCGUCGCGGCAGAUGCCGCCCGGCCCCUACACCCUCGCAGGCCCGGAGCCACGGGCUUGCCCCCUCCACGGCCAAUCCUGAUGCCCACCCUCCCCUUUGCUGCCGGACCAUGCGACGGCUCAAUCCGCUCCCUCUUGUCGCCGCCAGUCGCCGCGCUCUCGUCAUUCUCCUUCUCGCCGUCGCCCCGUUUUCAGCCGCUUCUCCAUCCUCGCCGACGUUGUCAUCGACGUUGUCAUCGACGUUGUCGUCGACGUCGUCGUCGGUGUCGAUGCGCGGCGGCUUCUUCGACGGUGUCUAUCGCAUUCUCAACCGGGCCGAGUUGCGUCAAAUCGGCGAGUGCAGCAUCACUUUCGCUUGGCUCGCGCCGCCCGACGCGUCGACAUUCGACGUCUACGGCCACGCGGCCGCCUGCACUCGCCUCGAGCUGGACAACGGCGACGUCUCCAAGCGCUCCCACCAGCUGGGCGCUGGCGGCGGCGGCGUCAGCGACGUCGGUCGCGUCGACGCCCGCCUCGCCGCCAGCAUGAUUGACCUGGCCACCCUCGACGACCUGUUGCGCGCCGGCGGCGUCGGCAACAACGUCGCGACGCAAGAGUCGGGCCUGUUGCUGACGCGAGAGGAGCGCGUCUUCUUUAUCUCCGACCGGCUCGAUCAGUGGCAUCUGCUGGCCGUCUUCCGUCCGUCGGCCGGGCAACAGCGCGUCCGACUCGACCUCAUCGACCCGCGGCAACCGAGCAACAUGAUCCGACCGCAACAUGUGCUCUGCUUCCGGCGCCAGUGCCCGCGAGCCGCGGCCGUCGCCUGCGCCGUUGACAACCGCACCGGCGUCUUGACGACCGCGCUGGCUGAGGCCAGUCUGAACGGGCGGCAGAUGUCGUCGCAGGCGGUCGUCUAUCGCGUCGCCUGUGCUCUGCUCGGUUGUCUGGCCGGUCUCUUCGGUUGCGCAGCUCUGCUCCUCUGCCUCCGGUUGCGACGCGCUCCGCGACGUGGCUACAAGACACCGCCGGCCAAUCAGCGCCGCCGCUGCCGCAGACGACGCCGCCGACGGCGACACGAAAGCGACGGCGACGGCGACGGCGACGGAGACGAGCGGGAGGAGGGUGAGGAGGAGGAGGGGGAAGAGGAUGAACUGGAGGUGGACGAUCGCCAGUCGCCCGCCUACUACCACGUCAACGGGAAACUCGGUCUGCCCGGCAACCCCGUCUCCGUGGCCCUUUCGCUGCCGCACGGCCACCCGCUGCCGCCGGGACUCGCACUUGGACCCACCGCCUUCGGGCCGUUGAGUCCGUUCCACGGCGCCAACAGCCUGCUCCACGGACACACAUGCACUCCUCUGCUCUACCACGACGCUCUCGCUGUCACGGCAACCACGCCGAUGCCGAUGCCGAUGCCGAUGCACAUGCACAUGCCAACGGCGACGGCGACGGCGACGGCGAGCGCCUCGCAACUGCACAGCGACCUCGCCAGCCUGAGCAACGUGGUGAUGACGGCGAGCAACUUGAGCGUGUGUGAAAGCGUCGGCGUCGGCGUCGGCCAAUCACUGACGCCGGUCGGCACCGCCUACGCCGCCCACCUCACGCCCUACACCGGCUCGUCCGUCUGUCAGUCGGACAACUUGGGCCUGGGCCCGAGUCAGGCCGCGGCGGUGGGACUCGGACCCGGGUCCGGGCACGGCAUGUUGGCGUUGAUGACGGUGCCGGUGCAGGUGCCGGUGCCGGUGCCCGUGUCGAGCCGAAGCGGACGCGGCCUCCUCUUCGCGUCGUGCGCCAACGGCGCCCCAGCAACCGGCUCCACGAGCCCCGCGCCGUCGCAGGCCUCGCUG